UAGACGAGUGUGCCAGUAACCCAUGCCAGAACGGUGGGGUAUGCAUCAACCUACUUGGCUACCACCAGUGUGAAUGUAUGAACAACUACGACGGAUAUAACUGCCAGAUAUAUGUGAACCCAUGCAACAGCAAUCCGUGUAGUAAUGGUGGUACAUGCAGUGUAUCAAACACCGUUAUUGUAUGCACGUGUCAGCAGGGCUUCACGGGAACAUACUGUCAAAGCAUUAUGGAUGCUUGCUCGUCGAGCCCGUGUCUGAAUUUUGCGGAGUGCAAUAACUUUGGGAUCUACUACACCUGUGAUUGCCAAUCUGGGUGGACAGGAGACAACUGUCAAACAAGGCAGAACAUGUGCGUUCCGUCACCAUGUCUGAAUGGUGGUGUGUGUACAACUGGAACCAGCGCUGGUGUAUAUACUUGUAACUGUCCCUCGAACUGGAUCGGUGAUCACUGCGAAAUUUGUAAGUCCACGGGAGUUUGA